CCGGCAACAGCACUAUGACCGCAGGUGCUGCACCAAAUGCCGGAAAAGGUGGAAAAGGUGGAAAGGGAAAGGGAAAGGGUGGCAAGGGUGGAAAAGGAGGAGUAGCCAACAACAGUACCAUGACUGCAGGUGCUGGACCCAAAGCUGGCAAGGGUGGUGCGACGGGGCUCGGAGCAGGAGCUGCUGGUAACGGCACAGCGACUGCUGCUGAGCCGGCGGCCAAGCAGAGCAAAGCACCAAAGGCUGCAGCAGGUGGUGCUGCUGCAGAGGGCGCGGCCAAGGAAGCUGCUGCUGAGCCAGCCGCCGCUGAGUCCGCCUCUUCUGGCGGCGAAGGUACGGAAUCCCAGCCUGGCCGCGCAGAAGGUGACGCCGCACGCGCAGAGGCCGAAGCCGAAGCUGCUGCUGCGAAGGGUGAGAAGCCAGCGGCUGGUGGAGAGAAGUCUGAGGGCGUCAAGGCUACACAGGAAGCUGAGCAGUUCUCCGAGGAAGCGGGUAUCACGUUGGGCAAGGAUGGUAACGCGCAGAACCUGGGCGGCGACCUGGGGAUUACAAAGGGCAGUGACGGAUCUACAAGUGUAGGUGGUAAGAGCGGGAUCAACGUCGCUGCCGAUGGCACGGCUACACUGAAGGCCAAUGAGUAGUCAAGAGGUUCGUGAGGGUGGUAGUAAUACAUUAUACUACAUUGCCAACCAAUGUAAUGGCUAC